GCUUGGGGGCUCUUCGGGGUUGGUGGGUUAGAGGAGAAAACAGCCGCGGAGCUGGAGGAGGCUGGCGUUCUCCCGGGCACCGUCCGCCGUCUACCUUCUGCGGGCGGCUGCAGACGGUCCCGCGCUGGGCAGGUUAACGUGGGUCGGUUGGCUCCCGUGCGCGCUUUUGUUCUCCCGAAGUCAUCGCCCGUGUGUGGAGCCUGCGCCACACCCGCCCCCUGCCGAAUCACGGCCUUCACCUGCGUGCUCCAGUGUUUCCCCUGCGACCCGUCGUGUCGGAGGACCUCCUGGGCCACCUCCGAGUUCACGCAGCAUUCGGUGGCGCCAAUGGUGAAGAUGACGCGGUCCAAGACAUUCCAAGCCUACCUGCCUUCGUGCCAUCGCACGUACAGCUGCAUCCAUUGCAGGGCUCACCUGGCCAACCACGAUGAACUAAUUUCAAAGUCUUUCCAGGGAAGUCAAGGGCGAGCCUAUCUCUUCAAUUCAGUAGUGAAUGUGGGCUGUGGUCCUGCAGAGGAGCGAAUUCUGCUAACGGGACUUCAUGCUGUGGCUGAUAUUUACUGUGAAAACUGCAAAACCACGCUUGGUUGGAAAUAUGAACACGCUUUUGAGAGCAGUCAGAAAUAUAAAGAAGGCAAAUACAUCAUUGAAUUAGCUCAUAUGAUCAAAGAUAACGGCUGGGAUUGAACCGCCGCCGGAAAGAAUGACGACUGAUCCACGCGAGGGUUCACUCUUCCGACUGGACAUUUAAUCUCCGAGAACGAGCGAGCAAUCGGCACUCGCUGGGUUCCACACAUCCGGCGGCUUCGUCGUCGUCCUGAGACACGCUUCCUCGCACACCCCUCUCUGCCAUCCUGAACCGGCGACCGGCCGACACCGCCCCCCCCUCCCGUGUCUCUUUGCUUUCCGUAUCCGUUUGCGAGUCCAGCCUCGAGUUAGCGCCUUCUGGUCUUCCUCUUUCACCGUUCUGGCAUUGUGUCGCGUGGUUUUUCUUCUUAUUUCUGGUUUGUUUUUUUUUAAACGACAACAAAAAUCAAGGGAUGAGCCCAAUGCCAAACCGUUGACUCAGUAGAAACGGAUGGUUGCCUUUUGGGGAGGGGAGGGGGCUAAAGUCAAGGUUUAUGACUCCUGGGGGGGGCGGGGAAAUCAGUGAUUUGGGGUGUGGGGCAGAUGAGAGGGAAUGGGUCGGAGUUUCGCUCGACCCCCUUGUCCUUUUAAAUCCUGACAAACCAUGGCUUGAAACUCGCGGGACUGUACAAAUAAUAUAUAUACCUCAUGCCUGUCUUUUUCUCUGCGUCUCAAAAGAAAACAAAAUAUUGUACGCCUCCUGAUUUUAGGCUAGCUAGUUCUAGUAUUCUCCAAGCAGCUGCCUGGGAUACUCCUUGGAUCUGAGGUGGCUUUUCUUGAUCUUGUCUUUUACGCUGAACUUGUUGAAAAGGAAGAGGGAAAUAUCGAUUGAAAAGCGAUGUUUUUAACAUCCUUUGGUGUCUAGAGAAUUAGCCCAGUCCCAAAACUCUGCAGAGAUAAGCCUGAUUAUCUCGGGGUCGUUGUUGUCGUUGUUGUUUCGGACGGUCAUCUAGCUUCACGCCCUUGAGGUUCCUCAAGGAUGCACAGAUUGUGUCAAAAGCAAAAAAAGGAGAAAGAGGGAUGCAGGAGUCACUCGAUGCCUAAUUACAGGUGUCCUAGCAACGCCAGCUGUGGGGUGUGUACAUGUUGAUGUUGGAGACCCAAAGCUUAAUGUUCUUGUCUUGUCCGUUGUUUUUAGAACGUCUCCUCACCCAGGAGCAGGUUUUGGCCAUGACAUUGUGCGAAGGAAAUAUUUCAGAGCCUUGGAGGUGUUCAAAUUUGGGUCAACCAUCGGGACCUGUAGACCAUCAGUUGGUGAUUCCAUCCAUUCCUUCAUUUCUGUUUUGGGAAGAUCGUUCCUUCUUCCUGCAUCCCAGCCACCACCUUUCUCCUCCAGAAGUUUAGCGCUGGUGGUUUAGGGUCUCUGGACUUCCUACUUUGUUGAGGGUCUUCCUUGCGAAUGACAAUAAUAAGUUGGGUUGGGGUCACCAAUAGUGAAUCCAAAAGAGGUGGUCGCUUCUGCUAAAGAGCAGGAAUCACAAGGCUUAACCGGAAAUUCCUUUUUGUUUCUCUGUGUUGAGAAAAAUAAAUAGAUUAAGUAACUUUAUAAGAGGGAGCAGGGCAUCCAUUCCUGUCGCUAGCAUCUCCAUCUUCUCUUAACACCACCACCGCCCGCUUUGAUGAUCUGAAGAGGACUUGGACAGAAGGUUGAGGAUUGUCUUCCUUUGUUGGAUCGGAUCUUUUGAGGUGCAGAAGCUUGUCUGAAAGCAAUCCCGUUUAUUCUCAGGUUGCAAAGCUGGGGGGGGGGGGGGGGAAAUCCUCCCCUGACGUGUAUUAUCACCGGGUGGCUUAAAAGGCAUCCUUGCCCCACUGACCUAGCUAAGGAUUUAAUUGUCCCUCCAGCUUUUGCAGGAGAUAAAUCUGGAUGAACUAAGUCUGCAAACGGGCUUAUCUAGGGGACAGCGUUCUUGGAAGGCACUCCUUUCGGGUUCAAGGAGAGCCUUGAGGUCAAAUGGGAGGCUGAAGGACCUUGGAAAAAAUUUCUAGGGCUGUGUCUCUGUCCUCCCCCUCCCUCCAAAGCCCUCCAAUUCCUCUCCGUUGCAUUUUAUAGGAUCGGUCAAUAAGGGUGUGAAAUUUUUCCGUCCUUCGACCUGACACGUCAUACAGGUCUAGUUCGAAUGGCAUUGAGUUUAACCUCAUUUUGGUUAUUAUAUUUCUCCUGCUUUUUACUUUCAUUCAAUUUCGUUUGGGUAAGGGGUGGAAAUUGUUCUGUGUGUGGUCCUCUGUAGGACACAAAGCAGCCAUAGAGAGAGAAACAUUCCAUAAUUGGCAAGAGAUAAAGUAGGGUCUUAGCAAAUUGAUUUUUUUUUAAUGUCCUGGUGUCUUUUUGGACCUUUGGGGAGGGGGCUUGUGGGGGGAGAGAGAUAAUUUCCAAGUCAGCAGAAUAAUUGGGAGAGCAGGAAGCUGAAUUGGAUUGUACCAUCGAGAGAGACAGGGAGGGACAAAAGCUUUAUUUUAACUUUGAAUUUUUCAGGAACUUAGUUAUGUGCUGGUGUUAAGACUGACCCGUGUUCCCACAAUAUUAAUAUUAUGUGCCACACCAAAGGAAGACUUGUUUGGAACUUCUGGAUGGGAGAUUUAGGAAGAAAGGGUAGAUUAUUUAACCAUGAAUCCCUACAUCAGUGUUCCUCAAACUUGGUACUCGUUAAGACCUGUGGACUUCAACUCCCAGAAUUCCCCAGCCGGCAUGUAGAAUUCUGGGAGUUGAAGUCCACACAUCUUCAAAUAGCCAAGGUUGAAAAACACUGAUUUAAAGGGUGGGACUUCAAGGAGGUUUCUAGUCCACAUUACUGUCAGAGAAGGAAUAUGGAAACAAUAAUCGAGAAUAUGGUACAGUAGAUGGUCUAAAAUUAAGGAGUUAUGGGCUCAAACAGAUAUAAGACUCAUGGUGUGACUUUGAACAAUUUGCUAACUCUCAGCCAGUCCUAUUUUCCAAGAGGAGCAAAAAGAAUAUCUGCCUGCAAUCCUGGACUCCCUGCAAAAUUAUAAUAAUUUUAAAAAACAAAUGCAAGUUUAGGUCCCAAGAGGCAUUCCUGAUUAAAAUUUGAGAAAUAGAAUAUAUAGAAGAUCUAAUCUGUCACAACUUCGGUAGGAAUUAGACAGGAACAGACACUGAAUUGUUUCCAAGGACGUUAUCAGCUGGCCGCAGCUGGGCCUAACUACAGAUAACACUAAACUAGCAUGAAAUAUCACCACGGUUUUGCAUCUCAGAGCCUGGGGCUACAAAACAGCUUUAAUUCCAGCAAAAUCCAGAAUCCCCAGGGCUCAUAAUCAAAUGUUCAAGAAAAGUAUUGCAGGAAAAUAUACCCAGAUUGCAGAAUCGCCACGCAGGUCCCUUUGGUCGUUGUGAUUUUGGAGCAGUGGGAAACCAACACCUCAAGCACAGUUGUGUUUUGGGGUAGACACCAGUAGUACCACAGCCUAGCUCUUAACCUCAAUUCUUGAUCUUCUUGAUCUGGAAAGUGCAAGUAUUUCUCAGUUUCUGCAGCUUUAAGAUGGGUGGACUUCCAACUCCCAGAACUGGGAGCUGGGAAAUCCUUGGGAGUUGAAGUCCACCCAUCUUCAAGUCGCCAAGUUUGAGAAACACACAAAAGUUGCUGAGAUCCUGUGAAAUCCUGGGAUAGAGGACCAUCGUUAAAAAUUGUAGCAUCCUUCAGCUUCUGACAUGGUGAGGUGGACUUCCUAUCUACGACUGUGAUUUUGACGCACUGCGUCCGGUUGUGUUUUGAAAGGCCGAUUUGGGUCGAGUGAAGGUUGCUUAUUUAUUUGAGGAAAAGGUGAGAUUUCUUCACCGGGAUCAUGUUUGCAUCAGCCUCCAAAAAAAUGGUGUGUAACCAUCUAAAAUUCCUCCAUCGGUCUUGCCUUGAAGGCCUCCAAGACAUCUCCAAUGGUACAGGCUCAGUAUAUUAAACCAUCAGUCAUACAGGUCAACCUAGGAUAUGGAUUUCUAAUCCAGAUUUCUAUAAGAGGAGCCGUUCAGACAUUUGGGAAGUUGGGUGCUUCCAAACUUGAGUUCUAGAUCACUCUUCAGCUCAGGUAGAGGAGAAGGAGAAGGUUAGGGUUAGGGUUACAGUCCUACAUUCCUCACUGGUGACGGGAUGGUGUCCUUUGCUAUUCCUGAGGUGGCAAGCCAGUUAAGAGGAUGAAGACAAUUUGGGUGACAUGCACCGAUGCGUCUUCUGAUCAAACUUGCUGUUUCGGAGUGACGUCCCCUUUUUGCAAUAUAUCCAAACGAUAAAGAAAAUUGGGGCCGAUAGAUCCCAAAACCCUUGUGACACUGUUCGUAGCGGAGAAAUCAUUUCUUUUUCUUGUCUCUUUAAAUACUGUGUUUUUCAAACAUGGAACCUUUAAGGGGAGUGGACUUCAGCUCCCAGAAUCCCCCAUGCUGGCUGCGGAAUUCUGGGAGUUGGAGUCCACACCCCUUUAAAGGGCCAACUUUGAAAAAAAACCCAACUUUCAAUAGAUCGUUAGGACUCUGGGAAGUUUUAAUUAAUUCUUUUCUUAGCCCAUAAGUGUCUUUUUUCCUCAGGGCUCCCAGCUGGCAGUAUAAAAGCUCUUUUUUUUUAAAUUUACAGGCUAAUGCAAGCAACUGUUAUUUAUUUGAUUAUGAGUUGUUGUUCUUGUGUUUAUUGCAAUUUAUUGCAGUGAAAGAACGUGCUGCGAUGUUGUUAUUUUUACUGCAAUAUUUUUACGGCAAACAGGUUGGAGAAAAGGGAGUCCCGUGGCAGUUUUCUGCCCUGGACAAGGAGAAAUUCUACAGGUUUCCCCAGCAUCUCGAUCCAAGCCAAAGAGUCUGUUUUCUUCCCCUUUCAUUUUUGUCCUCCUCAUGGCUGCCAUCAUGUACAAAAACCCACUAAGCUGUGAAUGAGUCUUCUUGUCAUCCUGGCCUGCUUGUGAUUUGUGUGGUGUUUUAUUUACCAGGGAGCUGUUUACAAAACUCUUCGUCAGCCUCCUACAGUUUUUUUCCCUCCAAGCGUGGCCCCUUUAAGAGGCGUCUGGACUUCAACUCCCAGAAUUCCCCAGCCAGCAGGGAGAAUUCUGGGAGUCGAAGUCCAUCCCUCUUAAAGCGACCUCGCUUGAGAAAUAACUUGAAUAGAACUGUGUCCCGUCUCCCCCGCACCCCCCGAACAGGUUUUCCCCACGCGCAGGCAUUUUGUAGCAAGGCAACACAAAUUGUCGCUCUGACUGCAUUGGCGUAAACCAGGUUUCUGCAGUUCUAGCUUGUUCUGUUUAUUUGUUUUGGAUCAGAAACCGGUCUGAAUAGGCGUUAGCAAUCCUGGUUCUUUGAUUUGGGGACGAAGGGAAGUAGAUUCUGCCUUCUCUUCGGUCCCCUUUGGCCCUGUUCCUUUGGUGGUCUCCAGAAUAGCAUUUCUAGACCUAAAGUGAUUAAAACUUUGCCCCAGCUGGAUCGAACUGUUGCAUAA